UAUAAAAAAAAACAAAACAUAGAUAAUAAAUUAAGGCAAGAUUAGUUUGUACAUCCUGAAAAAGAGCAAUGCUUUCAUUGUUACAGGAAAAACGGCCUCUUAAACGUUCACGUCUAGGGCCCCCAGAUGUGUAUCCACAAGAAGCAAAGCAACGCGAAGAUGAAUUGACACCGUCUAACGUAAACAAAGGCUUUGCUUCAAUGCCUCCGCUUUCUGAUGAAUUUGGCACAGCCCACACAUCAAAUGUGAAUGCUAGUAAAGUAGCAUCAUUUUUUAAUGCCAUUUUGGCGAAAAAGGAAGAGUUAAUGACGUUACAAGAUACCGUACGCAAAAAGCAACAAAUUAAUUUCAAGGAUAAUUUUUGGCCGGUAUCCCCUCGUACAAAAGGCGCUUUGGAUGCCUGGUUUAAAGAUUUGGCCGGCAAUAAACCCUUACUGAGCUUGGCUAAGAAGGCUCCAUCGUUUAAUAAAAAAGAGGAAAUAUUGAUUACGCUAUGUGAUCAUCAGGUCAAUAUGCAGAGAGCGACCUGGUUCAUUAAACUGAGUGCCGCUUAUAUGGUUAGUGUAUCGGAAUCAAAGAAUAAAAAGCGCAACUCGUUCGACCCAGUACCAGAGUGGACUGGAAAUUUAAUAAAAUUCAUGAAAGAACUUUUGCCGAAACUUCAAGAAUAUUACCACUUAUGCGAAAAAAGCAGCUCAUCUGAAAAAGCAUCUUUAAGCGGUCAAGGCGCUCCAACCACACAGAACAAUAACGCAAGCUUGGCUCUAUCUCAUUCGUCGAAUAACGCUACUUUGGUGCCUUCAAUAGCCAGCCCUGUACCUAUGCUAAGUCCCGCGAAUAGUCAAUCGUCUAGUAGUGGAGGUCUAGGUGUUUUGAGUAGCAAUAGUGGUUCCGGUGUUGGUACUUCGUCUAGUCAAAGUAGUAUAACCGGUGCAAAUCAAACACCGGUUUCUGGAUCUUCAAUAUCCGGAAUUGGUAGCAAUUUUGAAGACAGCCGCAACGCUUUGAAAUAUUGGAACUAUUGUACUCAGUUAAGUAAAUACAUGCAUGAAGAGUCCUUAUUAGAUCGGAUGGAAUUUCUAAAUUGGAUUUUGGAGUUACUGGAUAGAAUGCGUACCCAAGCCAAUUUUGAUGAAUCAUUGAAGAGAUUAGUGCUCACGUUUGCUUUACCAUAUAUGCAAGACUUUGUGCAAUCAGAACGUUUAUGUCGUAAAAUGGCAUAUAUUGUAGCGAAAAAACUAACUAAUUUGCUAAAUGCUGUCAUAGAUCAACAGCAACCGUUGACAAAUGGUAAAAGUGAGAACACAACCCAUAUGGAGAUGGACGAAGAAAUUGAUAAGAAAAAGACUCAGCUUGAUCCAUACGAAGUAGCUAUUAACGAAUAUUUAAACUGUCCUCACCAUCGUGAUAUUAUUUUAUAUCUUAGCACUAUAUUGCAAGUUAUUACUGUCGAGUGUCCUACGGCAAUGGUUUGGUGUGGAAUUGGAGAAAAUAGAGCUCCAGCUGCUCUCUGCGGUAGUCCUUUAGACCAUUUACCUGUAGCACCGUCAAUUCUACCCAUGCCAAUUAAAUGUCCUAUUACGAAUGCGGAAGUACGGCGUCAGUUAAGGGCUACAGAAGCUGAAAUUGUUUUACGAUCUAAACACGCAGAGAAUCGAUGGUUUGCUGAAAAGUGGCAAAAUGCCAACAAAAACUCAUAUACGCAUGUCUUAAGUAUAUUAGAUUAUUUGGACACACAUUGUUUCGACCGAAUGGAUCAAACUAAUUCCAUAGACUCAUUAUAUGCGAACAUAUUUAAAACGUUUGUUACCAUUCGUCGAGAGGUAGGUCCCAAUGGAGAAAUAAAAGAAAUUCGCCACGAAUACGAUGCUAAUGUGGUUGACGGUAACACUGUUAGGAUUUUGUGUGAAUGGGCUGUUUCGAGCCAGAGGUGGGGUGAACAUCGUGCUAUCGUAGUGGCUUUACUUUUGGAUAAGCGGCAAAUAGAGGUUACCACGCCCAAUGAGCCAGAUAACAAUAUUGGUAAUGCCGUUGCCCAUAGUAAUAAUAAUCUCAAUGAUGAUAAAGACUCUAUAGCGUCGGGUGCCGGUCUUAUAGGUGGAUUACCAGUAUUUCAGUCCGUUUUAAUGAAUUUUUUAGAUCAUGAUGCUCCAGUUUUAGACGAGAACGGUGGCAUGACUAAUCGCACUCAGUUUACAAAUCUUGUUCAUUUAUUCAGCGCUUUGAUAAGAUACGAUGUGUUCUCCCACAAUGCCUACAUGCAUACACUAAUAUCACGUGGUGAUUUGCUGGAAGGGGUAGCAAAUGUGGACUCUUCCAAACCAACUGUUACUGCAACAACCACGGUAUCAGGUCCCGUGUCAAAUAAAGCCUCUUCUCCGCCAGUUAAUCAAGGAUUCGACGACGAUUUCGGUACCAGUAUGGAUUUCAAGCACAACGAAUUCGACGAUUCAAAUGUUGAUGACGAUUUAGAUAAAUUGUUACAAAAUAUCAAAGAGAAAGGACAAGCUGAAGCACCAGACAGUCCAAAAAUUCCCGACACUAGUAACAGCAUUGGGUGUGAUAAUGCAAAUUCUUCCAUUUCUCGACAUUACAUCUAUACGAAACAUUUUCCUAUUCCUCAAGACGAUCCUACAACGUCCUAUAGCAGCGAAUCGAAUCAGCGUUAUAUUCUGCUAUUUGGAGUUGGUAAAGAGCGCGAUGAAAAAAAACACGCCGUUAAAAAAAUGUCCAAGGAAAUCUGUAAAUUGUUUACCAAAAAGUUUAGCAUUGAUGUGGCUGAGGGUGGUAAAGUGAAGAAGCAUUCCCGGAAUGAAUUCAAUUUUGAAGCCACCACCAGCAAAUGCCAAAAUAUGGCUUAUUUCGACCAACAUGUGGUCACCUCCCAGUGCGCGGCUACUGUUUUGGAGCAAUUAAAUGCCUUUGCUUUAGGCAGCAAUAACUAUUUGCCUGUACAAGAGCAUGUAGCUUUUUUGUUUGAUCUAAUGGAAAUGGCUCUUAAUAUUCACAGUCUGCUAGAGUUGUGUGAUCAGAUUCUGAAAGAACUGCCAGAGUUGGAAAAUCAGUUGCAAGCAAAAAAAUCAAAUAUGGUCCGAAGUUACACAACUUCGUUGGGUUUGUACAUAGUGGGGAUAUUAAGACGUUACCAUAGUUGCCUGUUGUUGUCCCCUGAGCAAACUGUUUCAGUAUUUGAUGGCCUGUGUCGAACUAUUAAGCACGUUACCAAUCCUAGUGAGUGCAGUUCAGCUGAACGCUGCAUUCUAGCAUAUCUCAGCGAUCUUUAUGAAUCCUGUUUCUUGCUCAAAACUAAGGAGCAGGAACCCGAGUUCUUUCAACAAAUGGCUGCUAUCAAAAAAUUCAAGGAUAUAUUUAAUGCCCCCGAGCAGCUGGGUAUCGUACCGCAAGCAUAUAAUCCACAAUUUCUGCAAGAAUUAUUUACCUCCCCCAAACGGGGAGGCAAAAUUGAUUCUAUAUGGUUGCAUCAGUUACAUGAAUCGCCGUCCAACGUGUAUAGUUUUGUAUCCAAUGCAAUUGUGGCGGUCUGUCACGAAGCUGAUAACGACCGACUUAAUGACAUUGCUAUUUCUUGUGCGGAACUGACAGCCGGCUGUAAUGCUUUGUCUGAGGAAUGGAUCGCUGCCUUGCAAAGCAUUUGUAAUGCAAUGAAAAAGCCUCGCUAUCCUCACUUCUGUCAGGUGGAUAUACAGAACAGUAAAAUUCAUAAUUCUUUGGCGGUAUUCAUAUGCAUAUUAGUAGCUCGUCACUGCUUUUCAUUAGCAGAUUUUGUAAUGAAUUUCGCUUUGCCUACUUUGGCAAAUGCUUAUCCAGUGGGCGGUGAAAUAAGUGCUGACGCGGAAGCGGGAGCCCGUUUAACUUGUCAUUUGGUUUUAAAACUCUUUAAAACUAUUGAAAUACCUCAGCCGGGCAUGUAUUCUGUAAGUACUUCGCCGAAUCCCUUAACAACUGUAGGUAGCAGUUCGAACAUAAAACUUAGCUGCGAUCGACAUUUGCUCAUUGGAGCGCAUAAAAAUGUGCCUCUUGAAGCGGUGUUAGCAGUUCUGAAAGCUAUUCUAAUUGUAGUGGACACAACUGCUUUAAAAACGUCCAACAUGUCUGGUAAUAGCUCUGGAGGAGCUUUUGGCACUACUGGCGGAAAACGAAGCGGUUUCAGUACGCCUGUGCAUCCUGGCAGUACGCCAAAAAGUAAUGAGCGCCCUGUAGAUUUGAGUCAAAUACUUGGUACUAGCGAUUUGAACAGUCUUAACACUGAACACGACCACGACAUGACUCAACAAUUGACGUCGACCCCAUCAAAUACUGGCGCCUUAAAUAAUAGUGAACAGAUUUCAUUGUUGGAAUUUGCGCAACAUGUCCUUAAACAAAUUUGUGCCCAAGAGCACGUUCUGGAAAGAUGUCUAAAAAAUGCUGAAAAACUUUGCGACAUGAUUAUCGACGAAAUGCUGACACCGAAGCAAGUACAACGAAUCUUACAUAUGAUUUGCUAUCCGGAGUCGGAAUAUAAUAUUAUUUCAGAACUUGAUCAGCGAUCAAUGAUUGUGCGCAUACUGGAAAAUUUGGGCCAAUGGACUUUACGAAUAUCUUGGUUGGAUUUACAGUUGAUGCAUCGCCAAAGUAUGAAUAAUCCUGCCGAAUUAAGUAGUUGGUUAGAUACAGUGGCUCGUGCUGCUAUUGAUGUGUUUCUUAUGGAGGAAGUCGUCGUGGCAAGUGGGUUAAAAUCCGAACAUCGUCCCAAGGCAUCAACCUGGCUCGUAGCUCCUUUGGUAGCUAAAUUGACUCCUGCUGUACAAGGACGAAUAUUACGAGUAGCUGGCCAAGUUUUAGAGAGCAUGAGUUACUUCUCCAAAGUUUCGAAAUCAGAUAAUAACAGCUCUUGCAGUGGUGAUGAACGAGAAAAAAGUAAUAGUUGUGGUAGCGCCAGUAGUAGUUACAGUAUUGGCGUUAACGGCAGUAAUUCACGUAGUCGCAAAAUGCCUCUAAACUAUCAACCAUUUUUAGGCUUAAUAUUGACUUGUCUAAAAAGUCAAGAUGAGUAUAAAGAAGGUUUGCUGUGUUCCUUAUACUCCCAGCUCUCACAAUGUUUGCAAUCCUAUACAGAGUUUGAUACUAUGGGAGGUGUUGACGAUCCACUGGGACGGGAAGAAAUGUUAGACGCCUUGCAAUUGCGCUUCUCGUUGGUGGGCGGAAUGUUCGAGUCAAUACAAAAGAAUGGAACAUCCAUAACGGAUUGGGCUAUAUUGCUGGCCCAAUUAGUAUGUCAAGGGGUUGUCGAUCUUAGCACCAAUAAAGAACUUUUUACUACAGUUGUAGAUAUGUUAACAACUUUGGUACACUCCACUUUAGUAUCCGAUGGUCAAUCAGAACGGGAUGAAAAAUUCUACUCAAAUUUAAUGAAAAAGCUUAAAAAGGAAAUCGGUGAAAAGAAUAAUGCGUCUAUUAAAGUUAUAAGGCAAUUGUUACCUUUAUAUAAACAACCCACUGAGGUUAUAUCAUGUGAGCCCGCCGGUGUUGAUCAGAAAGGCAAUAAAAUUAAUGACAUGGAUAAAAAACAACUGCGCAUUUCCGACAAGCAACGCAUAUCGGUAUGGGAUAUUUUAGAGGGUCACAAGAAUCCAGCUCCAUUAUCGUGGGUUUGGUUUGGAGCUGUUAAAUUAGAAAGAAAACCACUAACAUAUGAAGAGGCCCAUCGUAAUUUAAAAUACCAUACACACAGCUUGGUAAAACCAAGCAGUUAUUAUUAUGAAGCGUUGCCGUUGCCACCUGAAGACAUAGAACCCAUAGCAGAAAAAAUAGUCACACCGACUUUGUUUUUGCAGAAGGAUGAAAUGAAGGCCGAUACACCAUCCUCUGUAGAUCAGUCGCCUAGUGCCGUUGUAACGGGAAGAGGACGUGGUAAAGGUCAAACUCGUAAGCGUAAACCAAAAAAUCCAAAAACACCACCUGUUACUCCGCAGGCGCAAAUGGUACAGCAACAAGGUCAACUUCCGCAACAACAGCCAAAUUCUCAACAGCAACAACUGUCGCAGCAACAACAGCAGCAACAAAGCCAACAGCAACAGCAGCAAAGUCAACAGCAACAACAAAUGAAUCCUCAGCAAAUGGGUCAAAUGCAAAUGAAUAUGCAACUAGGGUCUAAUGUUAAUAUGCAACAAUUCAAUUCCAAUCAAAUGAUGCAACAAAAUCCCAACGCUAUAAUACAACAGCAACAACAAAUGCCUGGCGUGCCCAGCGGUAUACAACAGCAAAUGAACGUUGGAAAUUCGCAGCAGAGCUCUCAAAUGGGUUUUAUGGGGUCAAACGGUCCUCAAGGUAUGGCACAAACCGGUCACAAUCCCCAGCAACAACAAUGGCCAGGGCAAAAUCAGUUUCAUCCCAUGCAACAGCAACAGCAACAACAACAACAAUUUUACCAACAACAACAACAAGGCAUGCAAAUGAACCGCUUUGAACGUCCACCACAUAUGAGCAAUUCACGACAGGCGAUUCAUAAUAUGCUAAGGCAUAGGCAACCACCAAUGAAUCAGAACAAUUCUGCCGCAUUCAACACCAUGCAACAACAACAGCGCCAAACUCAAGGCUUGACAACACAAUCGCAAACUGGGGUUUUAAAUCCAGUACAACAACAACAAUUACAGCAACAACAGUUUGCCCGUAGUGGUAUGCGAUCCAUGGCACCUAGCCAAUUAACUGGAGCGGCACCGAACCAAAUGGCACCUGGUAUAAAUACGGUGGGUAUGGGCAGCCAGACUUUGGGGACUCAAAACCCUAUUAUGCAACAACAAAUCUCUGCUCAAACCAUGAAUCCUCAAAACAAUAAUCAAAUGAUUAUGAAUCAAAAUGCUGGCGUGAUGUCAACAGGUAACAACCAAAAUGCCAACAUUAUGACUAGCCAAAAUAGCACAGGACUGGUAAGCGCAAGUGCUAUGAUGCAACAAAACGUAGGUGUAGGUGGCGGGGCCGUUGGUCAGAAUAUGGUCAAUCAGAAUGCCGGACAAUUUCAAAAUUUCAGUCAAUAUCAACACCAAACCAUCAAUCAAAGCGGCAACUCUAACCAACAGGCAAAUAUUGUAGCAAACUUUAUGGCACAGCAGCAGCAGCAACAACCUCCACAAAGAGGUCCAGCUGGUAUGACAAGCAAUCGCGGUCAAUAUAUGAGUCAAGCUCCUAACGUUACCAUGAAUAGUACCAUGGGACAGGGCGCAGUUCCGCCGUAUUCAAGACAACAAACUAGCGGAGGCAAACCGGGGGUUGUGUCCACUCAACAACAAUUCCAACAGCAACAACGUUUACAACAUCAAAUGAUGCAAAUGCAAGGUAUAGGACCACAAAAUAAUGGAGCCAGUGGCAUGACCCAGCCCCAAAAUCAAAGUGUUGGCCAACAACAAACACCAAAUCUGGUGGCCCAUUUACAGCAACGUUCGAUGCUCAACCAACCCAACAUGAUGGGCCAACAGUAUCAACACCAACCACCACCUUAUUAGACUUUCAUUCUCUCUGCUUCGUUUGAUUACCAAUAUAAAUAUUGCGCGUACUGUAUCUGUCUAGUUUAUAAUGACGUUCCGUAUAAUUAUUUGUUUUAAUGUAUGAAAUAACGCAUCAGUUUAUACGAUUUCACGAUUUUCAGCGAUAGAUAAAUGUUUAAUAAAUAUCAUCAAACCUUUAUGAUAAAUCCGU